AUGUCUGACACUACUAAACCCGCUGCUACUACCCCUGCUGCCCCAGCUGCCUCCGAUGACAAGGCUGCUGCACCACAGCCGCCAAGUUCUGCUGUCUUCUCCAUGUUCGGUGGUAAGAAGGCUGAGACCAAGAAGGAUGACGGUGAUGUGAAGGAUGAUAAGGAUGAAGACAAGGAGAAGAAGGAGGAAGGGGAAGGCGAUGAGGAACCAGAUGUUCAUUUUGAGCCAGUGGUACACUUGGAGAAAGUAGACGUUAAGACCAUGGAGGAGGACGAGGAUGUUUUGUUCAAAGUUAGGGCAAAGUUGUUCAAGUUUGACUCUGAAAAUAAAGAAUGGAAAGAACGUGGUACUGGGGACUGUAAGUUCUUGAAGAAUAAAGAAACUGGGAAAGUGAGACUGUUGAUGAGAAGAGACAAGACUUUGAAAGUUUGCGCUAACCAUAUCAUUGCACCUGAGUACACUUUGAAACCAAACAUCGGUUCUGACAGAUCUUGGGUCUACAGUUGCACAGCAGAUGUCGCAGAGGGGCCAGCUGAAGCAUUCACUUUCGCUAUCAGAUUUGGUAACAAAGAAAACGCGGACAAAUUCAAAGAGGAAUUCGAAAAGGCUCAAGAAUUGAACAAAUAG